AUCCGGUCGUAUUGCCAUUUAUCAAGUCGCUUCUUCUGCUGGUGCGUCGCUAGCAGUCAUUACUUUACCUGACUUUAACGUGGUUGUUACGUUUUCGUGAAACUUCGCAGGUUCUAGAUAUUUCGACGAAGUUCUCUCGUGCUAAUACGCAAUUUACGAUAUCUGGAUUUGCUAGAAAGUACUUUCCAUUUGUGGACGGCAAGUGUCUAGAUUUGUUAAAGAGGAAAUAUCUUCUAAAAAAUGUCCCUUUUCGGAUCCCUUAUGGGCGAUUUCGAAGACGACCCCAUUUUCGGAAAUUAAGAGCCUCAGGAAAGAACAGAGGGAGCAGCGUGUUGUAUUUUGGAUUGUGGGUCUCAUAUGCGGUCUAUGCGCCACAUGAACAACAUGAUGAAUUCACUGUUUGCUGAUCCAUUUGGGAUGAUGGGAGGUGGAGCACCUGCACUGACUAAUGCACCUCAUCGUGCACGUCACAAUGAUCUUCAGAUGAUGCCAUUUGGAUUUCCGCAAAUGCCAUCUUUCAACAUGGGUCAAAUUUUCACAGACUUUGAUAAUAUGCCAUCUGGUGGAAACUGUCACUCCUUUACAAGCAGAUCAUUUGUAUCAAUGACAAGUGGACCUGAUGGACGUCCACAAGUAUAUCAGGAAUCUCGUUCCACAAGAACUGCACCUGGUGGUGUAAAAGAGACUAAGAAAACUGUAUCUGAUUCUCGCACUGGAACCAAGAAAAUGGCAAUUGGUCAUCACAUUGGGGAGAGAGCACACAUCUGCGAAAGAGAGCAAAAUGUUCAUAGCGGAACUCAGGAGGAGCAUGAGGAAUUUAUAAAUCUGGAAGAAGAGGAAGCUGAAACUUUCAACAGAGAAUGGGAAAAUCGUACAAGACGUGAGGCUGGAAGUAUUCGUGAAGUGGAUUACGAAACUCAUGGAACAUCUCAUCACAGGAACCGCACUGAAAAUAAUCAAUUGGCACUACCAGCACCAACAUCCAGUCGACACUCGAAUCGCUCAAGGUGGUUGCCAUCUCCAAGGCGAAGUAUAAGAGCCUUGCAAUCUACUUCAAAAUCUUACGGUCCCUCGCCAAGCUCACGCUCUGCUCCGGUAGCCGAUGUGAAAGCAACGUCGUCCAGCACUUCGACCUCGUCAUCGUCAGCAGUACCGACCGGAACGUCCACCACGAGCCGCAAACGAGAACAUACUCCAGAUAUCGAAUCCAACAAGAAACGACACGUCGAGUCGACUAAGGACGACUAAACGAACAUUUUUUUUGACCAGACGAAAAAGAAAGAAAAAAAUAUCUUCGGCCAGGAAUCAAUUAAGAGUCUUGCAACUGUAAUUCCUUGCCGAGGUUUUCCAUAAACAUUAACUGUAGCUCGCUUUCUUCAUCCGGUUAUUCCUUAAAGUCGAUGCGAUAUCUCGGUAAAACAUCCUCCUUUGAGUACAAAAGAAACUAAGUAUUUUACGUAUGUAGACGACUGCCAUUAUUUAUGUACAAAUUAAUUGGUAUCUUAUGUAUAAUUUACCUGCGGCAUAUUAUGUUGCGUGACGACUAAAAAACGAUUCUAACCUUAUUAACAGUUCCGACCAAAAAUUAACUUUACCGAGAAUCCAUCGUAUACAAACAAGCAUAUUAAUCGUCAUUGUAUAUCGUAAUUAUUCGAUUAAUUAGCGCCAACAUUCAUUUACCAAUCGUAUAAUAAUUUGGAGUUUUUUUUUUUUUUAAGUGCACGUUAACUCGUCCUUAUUGUAUUCGACGAUUGUAUCAUCGGGUAUUCUUAACCCGAUAGAUGUUUAUAAGCACAUAGACAUAGUUUCCUUCGUAGACUUCUACAAUCGUUUCAAAGAUGAGUUACGAAUUCUGUAUAAGUAGAGAGGUAUGAUAAUGAAGGAUGAACGAAUUAUUAAUCUCACUCCAAUAGUGAUUAGUUUAAAGGGGAACGCAGGAACAUCAAAGAAUAAUCAUUCUGGAUAAUAUAGUUAAUAUUAGUAAUAGAAGAAUAUUCGUAUUCUAAUUCAUGCAACAUUCUUAUUAUACAGACUGGCGUAUGUUAUCUUGUGUGCCACAAAAUGGACGCUAUGGUUGUACCCAAUAUUAAAUAAUAUAAAGGCUCUCUCUUUGUCGUGACUCAAAGAUUCCUGAUAUUUGUCGGCGUAAUUAAAGAGAUCAUUAGUCUCUCUAAUGUUCAUCUACUUGUAUUUACACUGCGUCGACUGUAUCGUACUAAUGUUUAAGGAUUUCGCGUAGUUCUGGCUGCGCCAAAAUUACGUCUACGAUAUUCUGAAUCGUUAAACGUGGAAAAGGAUUACGGAUUCUUUACACUGGGACAGGAAUUUCGCAAUAAUGAAUAUACUCUUUAAAUUACGUCUCAAA